AUGCAACUGUGCGGAAACAGGAUCCCCCAGGGGCCCUUGCUGCACAGGCUUGGGGGGAUCCUGGAGGAUGAGCUCCAAAACGGUCAGGAGCUACAAGAGCUUCAGAAAAGGGCAGAGAAAUAUCCAUGUGCCAGUCCUCGCUGGCUAUGGGGAAGCAAGGUUAGCCUCAUAGUCUAUGACCCGGACUACAUGAAGGUGAUCCUGGGGCGAUCAGACCCAAAGUCUGAUGCUUCCUACAGAUUCAUGGCUCCCUGGAUAGGGUACGGUUUGCUCCUGUUGAAUGGGCAAGCGUGGUUCCAGCACAGGCGGAUGCUGACCCCAGCCUUCCACUAUGACAUCCUGAAGCCCUACGUGGGACUCAUGGCCGAUUCUGUCCGAGUGAUGCUGGACAAAUGGGAGGAGCUCCUCAGCCAGAACUCACCUCUGGAGAUCUUUGGACACAUCUCCUCGAUGACGUUGGACACCAUUAUGAAGUGUGCCUUCAGCUACCAGGGCAACCACCAGGCAGACAGGUACUCCCAAUCCUACCUUCAGGCCAUUCGGGACCUGAACAACCUGGUGUUUUCCCGGAUAAGGAAUGCUUUCUACCAGAAAGACAUCAUCUACAGGCUGACCCCUGAAGGCCGCUGGAACCACCGGGCCUGCCAGCUUGCCCAUCAACACACAGACCGAGUGAUCAAGCUGAGGAAGGCUCAGCUGCAGGAGGAGGGAGAGCUCGAGAAGGUCAGGAGCAAGAGACACUUGGACUUCCUGGACAUCCUCCUCUUUGCCCAAAGGGAGAACGGGAACAGCUUGUCUGACAAGGACCUCCAUGCGGAAGUGGACACCUUCAUGUUUGAGGGCCAUGACACCACAGCCAGCGGCAUCUCCUGGAUCCUCUAUGCUCUGGCCACACACCCCGAGCAUCAGCAGAGGUGCCGGGAGGAGAUCCAGAGCCUCCUGGGGGACGGCGCCUCCAUCACCUGGGACCACCUGGACCAGAUGCCCUACACCACCAUGUGCAUCAAGGAGGCACUGCGACUCUAUCCGCCAGUUCCAGGUGUCGGCAGAGAGCUCAGCAAGCCCAUCACCUUCCCUGAUGGACGCUCCUUACCCAAAGGAUUCUUAGUCUUGCUCUCCUUUUAUGCCCUUCACCACAACCCAAAAGUGUGGCCAAACCCAGAGGUGUUUGACCCUUCCCGGUUUGCACCAGAUUCCUCUCGACACAGCCAUGCUUUCCUGCCCUUCUCAGGAGGAUCAAGGAACUGCAUCGGGAAGCAGUUGGCGAUGAACGAGAUGAAGGUGGCAGUGGCCCUGACCCUGCUCCGCUUUGAGCUGGCACCAGAUCCUCUCAAGGUCCCUGUUCCCACUCCAAGAAUUGUGCUGAUGUCCAAGAAUGGGAUCCACCUGCAUCUGAGGAAGCUCCUCUAACCCUUGUGGGGACAAGGAUGAGCUCCAAGGGCUUCCUGCCUGCCAUCCUGUCUUGCUGUCGGUCUCUCCUGUCUGCUGUCUUCUGCCCACUUCCUGCUUUCACUCUGCCCAGCUGCCAGCCUCCCUGAUCUCCUCCUCUUGUGCAUCAGACUGUCUGCCCUUCUCUGUCUCCCCCUUUCCCAAGAUUCCUACUUGUUUGCCUGUUACCUUUCUCCUACCCAGCUGUAGCUCUGACUGUCCAUGUAAAUCAUGAUCAGCUGCCUGUCCCCCAGGCUGUCUGCCCUCUCCCUGUUGUUCCUUUCUGCCUGCUUGUGUGUUCCUGUAAUGUUUUCUCUUGCUGCUUUACUGUAUUACACAAACUUAGUUCCUUAAAAGAGCACAUUGAUGAUCUUGUGCUUUAGGAAAUCAGAAAUCUGACAUGGUUUUCACUGGGUCACAACCAAGGUGUUACAGAAGCUCUAAAGGAGAAUCUCUUCUCUUACAUUUUUUCCCCCUUCUAAAAGUCUGCUCUUAUGGCUAUUCAAUGAGGGGAUUAGGCCUCCCCCUUUAUCAAGGAAAUAUCCUUUUCUUAAAUGCAAUUGAUUACAGAUGUUAACCUUAUCCAUAAAAUUCUAGACUUUUAUUUAAUUGAAUAACAGGGACUCCAGCAAAUCCAAGUUGACACAUAAAGCUAGACAUCACAGUCCACCGUUUGUCCCCUUGGCAUUCACACAUUCCCUCAAACCACACCUAGUCUGCAAAUUAAGUAUAAUAAAGUCACACUUCCA